GACUCUCUUGACGACAUCCAGCUCCCAAUCUCUCCUCCACCACCCUGCAGAUCAAGAUGAUUGCCGCCUCCGCUGCCCGGGCCAGAUUGGCCAACUCCAUCGUCGCUCGCCGAGCUUUCUCUACCACCCGUACCCAGCUUGCCAGUCCUUACCACUACGCUGAGGGCCCUCGCUCCAAUAUUCCUUUCAACCCCAAGACCAAGUACUUCUUCUUCCGAUACUGGGCAUUUAUGGUCACCGGAUUCGGUGCUCCAUUCGCCAUUGCUCUCUGGCAAACCUACAAGACCCGUCCUUAAACGAUGCGCGCCGAGCCGAUUACUUAGUUGGGUUGAGUUUUAAGGAAAGGAAUUGUUACAAUACGUCAGAUUCAAGAUUUCAUUUGUAUAAAACUAGAGAAUCUUCAAGACCUCUUUUCGUCAAACUGCUCCAAUUGUUUUUACAAGUUCACAUUUAUCCUUUUCCUUUGGUCGGUCGUAGUCGUAUGAUUAGGCGGUUGCAAUCGG